AUGCACACCUCCCGCUCCACCCUGAAAAUCAAUACCGACCGCCGCUUCUCCCACCAAACUCUACCCGACUCGUCCGCGCAUGAAGGCACCAGUCCAGCCAAGCUCCGCCGACGAGCCUCCCAAGGCUCCCUGCGCACCAAGCCCUCCCCCGUCUCCCGCUUCCUGUCCAAAAGCAGUGUGGCUGUCUAUUUCCCGUCCUGGGAACACCGCAGUGCCUCGCCCGGCUCGCCUUCCCGAGUGGAAUCGCGGACCAGAUCGGUCGAUUCGCGCCUGCGACUGUCCAACACGGUGUCUCGCGGGCCGAGACCGUUAACAGCUCAUUCCCACUCGUCUUCGUCUCCGCCGUGGAAUUCCCCCCCAUCCUCGUUCCAGUCGGAUUACCCAUCGACGCUGCCGCCGACCCCGCCGGAUGACGAUAGCCACGUUGCGUGGAACCCGCAGUCUGAGAUGCUGUUGUUUGAUCCCCAUCCGCACCAGGAGCCGGGCUCUUCGGCCAUGAUGGAUGAGGGCCGGGGGAUGGACACUUCGCCGGCGACAGGUCCCUCUGACACCCUUGGCAGCCCUUCAGAUGGCCUGUCUCGUGGAUCGUCUAGUUCGAGCGGCAGCCCAGGUCCUCACGACGAAAUGGAUCUGCAGCAGGACGUGGGAUCAUGGCUGGACCAUGGCAUCAACGUGACUGUUUCAUCACUGGGAAUCUCCAACCCACGAGGCGACGCCGUCAAGAUUGUCUCGCAAACACUUCCUUAUCCGCGGACUUACGACCAGUCCAUUUCGCUGCCGAGAAAUGAGAGCAUCUUCAGCUCUAUUGUCCAGUCUGUGCACAACCACCUACAACCUGGCCAGUCUCCGUAUAUCAACGUGACCCACGCGGUUCCCGAACAAUUCAGCCUCUCCAACCUCCCCCACUCUCCUCCCAAUACCCCCCGCUCUUCCACAGCUGCGGACGACUAUUUCAACGCAACCGUCUUCUCCAGCGCUGCCGUUGUCGGAGCCUACCAUGACUUCCGGGGGCCGAUCCAACGGCAGAUUACACAUGCCCCAAUGCCCAUUGUCCCCCCGCACAGUGUCCAUAUCUCCGUUCUCGAGCGGUAUCUCCCUCCACCAUCCAUACAGGAGUAUCGGGAUGUUUUCUCCGCCACCCGUCCCUCCUUCCUCGUCGAUCGUCUCUGUGAGCUGUCUCCGGACGGCGGCUCGCUUCUUUUCGUUUACCCCACCAAGAAGGGUGCCUCCACCUUCAAAUCCCAAUACUUGGGCCCCCUCCUCGACCCGCUGCUCCGCCAGCUGGUUGUAGUCAAUGGCCUGUCCGCCGAUGUUGGCCGCUACCUGGGCAAGCUCUCCACCGUCUCCAUGAUGGACGACUUUGCCACCAUGAAGGCCAACAUUGCUGCCUUGUGUGAGGAGCUGAGCUCUUCAUCGUCGCAGUUUCAGAUCGCAGACGCUGGGAAGGCGAGCGCUAAUCUGGACCGCAACCUCUGGGUGGAAUGGUUUAUUCAUCAAGAGAAGGCCCGGAUGAAGGAUGUGCUCAGCCUGUAUUGCCAGAAUGGUCGCCGUGCGCCCGUGAACAAGGCCUUGGCCUCCGGCGGCUCCGGCGGCCUCAUGGCUGAUAAGGAGCCUACCUCGGCCAUGCUGCUCAGUGAGAUCUUCGACGGCAUCCGCAAGCGUCGAUAUGGCGAGGACAACGAGCCUCGUGACGGCGUGGAGCUGGGUGUUUUCGUGAUCCGACGAUCUCGUUAA